UCCCAACACAGUUGAACUCCAGACCUUGAGAAUUAUUUGCUGUUCUUUUUCCUAAGGGGGUGUUUAUGUUCUUAGAGAUGGAAAGCUUAACAGAAAGGGGAACAACUGGAGAAAUGACAGGGGAUGUACACCACUGGAAAUGAGAAGGAUACUGGAACAGAACAAUGCAUUGGAUUUUAUGUUGUUUUGUGGUAAUAGGUGCUGAACCAGUUUAACAUGACUCACAGAUCACAAGCGCCAAAGAGCAGAACUGAUAAUCAUUUGAGCAUAAAGGACUCGGAGUCCCUUGAUACCUACAUUCAGAACACUCUUUCAGCUCUCUAUCCGCCAUUUGAAGCCACUGCAGCCACUGUCUUGUGGCAGCUGUUCCAUUUGGUGGAGAGGUCAUAUCGAGGGGACGGACUCCGCUGCCUGAUUGACUUCCUCGUUCCUGCCAAGAGAAUCCUGCAGUGCAUUCAACAGGAGACAUGUGCCAAGUACGCAGGGCUCAUCUUCCAUCAUGAAGGCUGGCCUCUCUGUGUCCAUGAGAAAGUAGUGGUGCAGUUAGCAUCAUUGCACAGGGUUCGUCUGAAGUCUGGAGAUUUUUACAUACAGAUUGUACCACAAGGGAAUCAAUCUGCAAAAUUAGUGCUAAAAUGUCUUUCUGGAAAUGGACACUCCUUAGAAGAAGUUCCUGUCCCCGAGUGUGCCUACCCAAACAUCUUCACCAUGGAAUUUCUCGAAAGUGUAAAUCAUGAGAGGAACUGCUCCCUACACAGUUGUCUUCUAACAAGUGGCACUGCUGUUCUGAGGGUACAUUGGAAGAAUAUAAUUAACCCUGCAUUUGUUACCAAGCCAAAAGCCAUACUGACCCAAUCCUACCACAGUUCAGUUCACCAUGACCAGUUGAUAGAUACCAGCGUCACUAGGGAAAUGAUGCCUCAAAAAACGGAAAACAGGAAAUCCCCAGACCAUUACCUGACUGGCGAUGCAAUGCUGUCAUCGGAGAAAUCAGCAAUUUUGGAAGAUAAAAUUACCUGUGGGACUCAUUCAUCAGGGAGCAUCCAGUCUUUCAAAAGCGGUGUCACGCAGGAUCCUUCCAAAGGAUUUAAUGAAGGAAAUUGUUUAUUGUUUCCACAAAACUCUGAUGACACUGAAGUAUCUCCUUUACCCGAUUUAGUUCGACCUUUAUCUGCAGACACUCCAACAGCUAAUGGUGAAGUUCUGGUGGUUCCUGUGACUGAGAGCAGGAUUAGUACAAAAGUUUUAACCUUUGCCACAGACCUAAGCAGUCCUUGUCAACGGCAGAAGCAACACCGGGAUUCAGUGUAUCUUGAAACAAGGCGCCUUUUCAGGAAAUCAUAUAUGGAGGCUUUGCAGAACCCAAUGCAACUGGGCUUCAGUUCUGAGGAGUCUAUUGUUGAGGAAGCCAUGGGGCAUAAAACUGAAGUGAUCAGCAAUGGAAGGCUGAGGUUACGUACGAACAGAGCUGGUGCGAAACAGAACCGUAAGCAUGACCUACAUGCUGAUCAGUUGAAAACUAAAGGAAGGAAUGAGGAAACUAGAAUCAGCCAGCAAAGUCAAGACCAAAACGUGCCUGUGACACUUGCAGAGCGUUGUUCUGUCACUGACAGUAAAACCUGCCGCAGGAGAUCCAAGUCCUUGGAUUUGACCUCCAAGAGCUUGCAGAGUAAAGCACUAAGGACGAGAUUCUCUUCCGGGGAUUCCUCAAAAAAUCCCAAAAAAGUAAUAAAUGGAAACUCAGGGGAGCUAGGGAGACAGGAGUCUGAUGGGUGUUUAGCCAAUACCAAAAGUGGGUCCACUUCUCCAGCAGGUUCCUUCCAGAGCUGUGCGGUUGAGAUGCAGAGGAGGAGCAGCUGCCAAGCAGUUUUGAACAAUACGUGGGAAGACACAGAGAUUCCUCCUCCAGCACCUUGCCCUCAAGCCUCACUGCAGGCCCAGGGUUCCACCCAAGCCUGCAACAGCCUGCCAACAAAGGCCGCAGAGGUCAACGUCAACUUACUGCAAUCGGGAGUCGCCCAGUUACCAGGGAACAGAGACAAAGCUAAUCGAGCUGUGAUCCAGAUCCGUACGCACAACGUAAUAUGGAUGAGCCAAAACUGGCCCAGCACAGAGCUGACCUAUAUACUCCUGUAUUACUACACUAUUCCAAGGAAGGAAGUGCGUGAACUUGGACUGACCAUAUUAGUGGAUGCUCGCAGAUGUCUUCCCACCCUUACCCUCUUCAGAGCAUUUACUGCACUGCAGGUUGCCAUUCCAAAUGCCAUUAACUCUGUCCUGAUUUUGGUGGAAAAAGACUCUAUGUUCAGACCUGAAAGGGAUCCACUUGUCCAGUAUGAAAUAGUGUCGUCGCUGAAGGCUCUUCACAAGCACAUUGAUGGCAGCCAACUGACGCAGGAAUUUUCUGGAACGUUUCCUUAUGAUCACAAUGAUUGGAUUCGCUUCCAUAUGAAGUUGGAGCCAUUUAUGAUGAACUGUCGAGGGGCUCUCAUAUACCUGAAGAAUUCCAUCAACAGUCUGACUGUCAACAGAAUGCCGAGCACAGAACAGGAAGUUACUGAGCUCAUCAACCAACAUACAAGGAUAAUGAAGUCUGUGCUCGAAGAUUCUCGGCUAGUGGGCUUGCGUCUGGAAGGUGGGACUAUCCUUGCUCGGAUUAGGAAGGAUGAAUUCUCAGACACUGAUGACUACAGGGAUGCCAUGGAUACCAUCACAAUGCUGUAUAAUCAGGUGGAUGAAGAGGUCCAUAGGUUAGUCAUACUGACCAACAAGUGCCUACAGCAGCUGGAGAUCCUACUGCAGCUCAGAAGAUUCGAGGAAGGAAGUAGCAAGAUCAGACACUGGGCUGACUGCGAGAGAGAAAAAUACCUUGUUCAGGUGGACUGUUUGCCACAUUCCCUGGAAUCACUAAGACAAAUGCAGGAAAAGUUUAAUGUCUUCUACAGCCAGGCUGUGCAACAAUACAAAAGGGGCAUGCAAUUGAUCAAAGAUGCUGGCCAUCUAAACGGUCAAACACACAAAGAGCUGCGAUACUUGGGUGAAAAAGUCAACGAUUUCAAGCAGUUUUUAAGUAACUUCAUCAACAGGCUGGAAAAGUGGAGGACAGAUUUGGACAACAUAGUGAAUUUGCAUGAAUUUUAUGAGACAGCUGACCAGUGGGUUUUGCACUGCAACGAUUACCUAAGGCAGUUGAAAGUGGACGAGCAAAGCACCUUAGACUGUACCACAGCUGUGGUUCAGAGCUUGGAAAGAUACCACCAGGAUGCUGUCAAGUUCAAUGCAGAAAACUUCCAGGAGAUGAACGAGAUGGUCCUUAGCCUCGGCAGCGCUAGAGAAUUGAAGCAGUGGAACUUCCAGUGGGUGAAGUGCCAACAAACAAGGCAUCUUUUGGAAGAGGUCUUGGCCACUGCUAUCAGAAUCCAUGAGGGCCACAGCAACAACUUGGCCACUAAAGUAGACUCUGAGGAUGACGGUCCCCGGACAAGCGGUGAGUUUGACACAGAAGGAUCUGAUGAGCUUGGAGACUCUUUGUCUCAAAAGGCCACAGAGAAUAUGGAGAACGGCACGUGGCCUGAUGAGUCAGUGCAUCAUCAGGAACACGAUCAGGUUUUUGUGGCAUCAGAAUGCCCCGCUCCAUCACAUUAUGAAGAGUCCCGCCAAAGUGUCGACGCAUCGUCUAAAUUCAGCACGACCUCUCUAUCCUCGAUUCCAGCUGGUGGCAGGUUAUGCGGCGGCAGCAUCUUCUACAAAGAUCUCGACAACUGCGCCACGAGCUCAUCUGCCUCAUCCUGCCACUCGGAGCCUGCCUGCUCACUGGCACCUCGGCACAAGAAGCAGCCGUUGAAAAAGAUCAUGAAGAAGGCCCAGAGCUUUGAGUUGUGGCAACGAGAGAGUAGCCACAUUGAAGCUGGCAGGCACGGCAACACCGGAGUUUACAUCAAAGGCUUGGAGGUGGUCAGCAAUGUGGUGGCUGACAAAAAUCGGGUUUUCAGAUCAGAGCUAAAAAGCCCGGUGUUGACCAGGACUCGCAGCUUACCGAUAUCUUCCAGGAUGCUCCAUCCACAUGCAGAAGAAGCUAAGCGAACCGGGAGUAAGCUGCAGCAUAUAAUGGAUGAAAUGAUCAGCACAGAGAGGGAGUAUGUCAAAUCCCUUGGAUAUAUCAUAGACCAUUACUUUCCAGAGAUGGAGAGACUGGACCUGCCCCAGGAUCUGCGUGGAAAGCGCACUAUCAUAUUUGGGAAUCUGGAGAAGCUCUACGAUUUUCAUUGCCAGUACUUUCUGAAGGAACUCGAGAACUGCACCAACGGUCCGCUUCAAGUCAGUCAGUGCUUCCUCAAGCAUGAAGAGCAAUUCGGGAUGUAUGCACUGUACAGCAAGAACAAACCCCGGUCCGACGCUCUCCUUGCCAGUCAUGGAAACACUUUCUUUAAAAAUAAGCAGAUGUCACUGGGUGAUAAGAUGGACCUGGCCUCCUACCUACUGAAACCCAUCCAGCGGAUGAGCAAGUAUGCACUGCUGCUCAAGGAUAUGAUCAAACAGUGUUCCAAAACCCAGGAGCAGGAGCUCUCUGAUCUCCAAGCCGCUGAAGAAAUGGUUAAGUUUCAGCUACGUCAUGGAAACGACUUGCUAGCCAUGGAUGCCAUUCGUGGAUGUGACGUGAAUCUCAAAGAGCAAGGACAACUUAUGUGUCAAGAAGAAUUUAUUGUUUGGUGUGGGCGCAAGAAGUAUCUGAGGCACAUCUUCUUGUUUGAGGACCUUAUUCUCUUCAGCAAAACAAAAAGGAUUGAAGGAGGAUAUGAUAUCUAUGUUUACAAGCAAUCGUUUAAGACUGCAGAAAUUGGAAUGACUGAGAACGUUGGGGAUAGUGGACUGCGUUUUGAGAUCUGGUUCAGAAGGAGGAAAUCUCAAGACACAUAUAUCUUUCAGGCCAGCUCUUCCGAGGUCAAAUUAACCUGGACCAAUGUCAUAGGAAAAAUCCUGUGGCGACAAGCUCUGAGAAACCGAGAGCUGAGAAUGCAGGAGAUGGUAUCCAUGGGAAUAGGGAAUAAGCCCUUUAUGGACAUCAAGCCCAGUGAAGCUGCCAUUAGUGACCGGGCAAUUGACUACAUCAUGAAGGGUACGGAAUCCAGAACGCGAGCAUCCAUCGCUGUGUCUUCGUUUGACCACUCCACAUCCUUCAAGAGGCCUCAUUCGACCAUCUCCAACAGCAGCACCUCCUCUUCGAGCAGUCAGUCAUCUUCUUCCAUCCUGGGAACUCUCAACCUUCACAUGUACUCAAGUCCAACGCAUUCCAAUCCUCAUUGGACACCUUUCAACCAAUGGUCUUAUGACAUUGGAACCUGCAUCGAAGAAGACGAAGUGGAGCAAGAGACUGGAAGUCAACCAUCAAUGAUCACAGAGAGUUCGGAGACCUCUUCACAAUGUACUUCAGCAGAGAGCGUCAGUGGCUCAACUCUCAUCUGUGUGUCCCAGCUUUCCUCAGAGACAUUUCCUGACGACACUUCACAUCCUGACUCUAAGACAUCUUGUCAUUAUGCUUCCCUAAAUCCUUCCCCAAGACUGCAAAGGGCUAAGCCAGUAAAGAACCAGUACAUCACAGCAAGUAAUCCCUCACAUGUAACAAUUGGCCUGUCAACACUGGUUUGAAUUGCAGAGAUAGUUCACUGUAAACAGAAUGUGCCAUGGACCAUCUUACCGACCCAGUGAAGAAGUCAGAUUCAACUGCAGGGUAUUAGUGCCCUCAAACUGCUCUCUCUUGUUUUGAUGGGGACCACUCAGCCACCCUAUGCAGGAACAGAAAUUGUAGCCUGGAAAUCCGAAAUAGGCUGAAUAAAGGAGAACAGAAUCAUUCAACUAUCUGACAAGGAGACUGCAAUCAUGGGACAUUUCACCUCAUAUCGAAAGCGGACAUUAGUGACCAACUAAAUGAGAAGUAAUGAUAGUAUAUGUACAUACAUUUAAUAAUGGUUAGCAUUUUUUUACAGCUCGCCUUUAAUUUUUUGUACUGCAUUCUGUAAAUAACAAGGUGCCUUCUCUGCAUGACAUAUUUUCUUGUGCAAUGUAUGGUGGUUGUAGCUAUGAAACUGCAAAACUGUAAUUGUAGAUUAAGUCAUCACUGCAGCUAGUGUACAAAUCAAAUUGUGUAGCAGCAUCUAUAUUUGUGUAAAUAUUUAUUUUUAUUGCUAGUUUUUUUUCCUCCCAAAAUCAUGUCCAAUAUAUCUAUAUUCUUCUUGGGUAUCAAGAAUAAUAUGAUCAAGAAAUAUGAUACAAAAUUUCACUCUUUUAUUUGUUAUGUUUGUCUCAGCAGGAGAUUGACGUUGUAUUGUUUGAAUUGAGCCAAUUAUAUUUUGUACACUUUUGACUGGAGAUGGCUGCAAUGAAGUUUCUUUCAAUAGCAGUUACCUCCAUUAUAAUCAAAUCUGACCAUCUGAAAAGUUCAGAUAUCAACAUUUAUUCAAUGAGCCAGCAGAUCAGGAAGCAAGCUACAAAUAUUUUUUGACUGCUGUAAUUAUCUCAUUUGCUUCUGUUCCACUCGCUAAUGACUUACCAUACAUGUCCUUGUGUGUUUAUGUGCCAAGUCUCCAAUGCCAUUACAAACCUUGAACCACUUGCCUUCAUUAUGUUCUGACAAAAGAUCUACCCAAUUGUAUAUAUUUAAUCAUCUACACCUGAUAGAACUAAAAAAAAGGCAGCAAAUUUAAUCAAGUGACCCUUUGUGACCAAGCAGAUGCUAUUUUUUGCAAUCUCAACAUCAAUUUUAUGACUUCAGGAUUUUACCAAAUAAAAUUAAU